AUAAAUUUAUUAACCCCAUUCAUCAUAUCAUAUUAUACUAUCUUUUUUCCUAUAAUUUCUAUUGUUACAUUUGUUCUUUGUUCUUUAGCUUCAACAUUGUCUAGUGGUGGGGUUUUCUUAUGACUCAUUUUUAUUCAUUUCAUACAUUUUCCGACAUGAAUAAGAAUAUGACAACAUAUGUCAUGAUUGGUUGCGAACUUAGUCUAGUGGAGGGAAGCCUUCCUCGUACUGAUGGCUCAAAGUUUGCAGCCCCAGUGGUUCAGAACGAAGAUAAGAUGGGUCAUUUUUGUUUGUGUGGUAAAUUGGUAUUGGAUCUUAGUACUUAACGGAGGAAGGAUAAGAGAAGGAAAGAAAGCAGAGAGUUUGAGAGGAGAGAAAUGGCGGGAGGAGGAAGAUUUGUUUAUGGGGAUUUUCUGCCAUUCUCAGCGAUGGUGAGCAUGGAGUGUCUUUUAGUCGGGUUGAACACACUCUUCAAAGCUGCAACAAUGGCGGGCUUGAGUUACUAUGUCUAUGUUGUCUAUGCAUACGCAGUUGCUGCUCUUGUCCUUCUCCCUGCCCCCUUCUUCUCCCACAGAUCAAGAGCUCUUCCUCCACUGAGUUUCUCCAUACUCUGGAAAAUCGGUCUUCUCGGCGUCAUUGCGGGCUCAUCCCAGAUUGUGGGAUCCGCAGGUAUCAAUUACAGCUCUCCAACGUUAGCUUCAGCCAUUGGCAACCUCACUCCAGCUUUUACCUUCACAUUGGCUGUCAUGUUCAGGAUGGAAAAAGUAGUAUUGAGGAGAAGAUCCAAUCAGGCCAAAGUAUUCGGCACAAUAGUGUCGAUAGCAGGUGCAUUUGUUGUCACUCUCUACAAGGGUGCUCCGGUGUUCGUUGCUGCUGCUUCUUCUUCUUCAUCGUCGUUGUCCUUUGCUCAAACCUAUCAGUCCCUUAAGAGCUCACCAAGCCAUAACUGGGUCCUUGGUGGGAUUUUUCUCACCUUAGUGUUCUUCCGCAACGUAGCCGUGAGCAUCACCGCCACGAUUGUCGCUCUGUACGCUGAAGGAACUUGUGCAAGUGCCUGGAUAUUGAGGCCUAACGUAGCAUUGGCCUCGGUGUUAUGCACGGGGCUUCUUGGGUCGUGCUUUAACGCUGUUGUUCGUGCAUGGGUAGUGCGGAAGAAGGGGCCAGUAUUCGUAGCGAUGUUCAAGCCGCUUUCCAUCGUGAUUGCUGUUGCUAUGGGUGCCAUGUUCUUGGGUGACACGCUUUAUGUAGGAAGUGUGAUUGGGGCAGUGGUGCUCUCGAUUGGAUUCUACGCUGUGAUGUGGGGGAAAGCUCACGAGGAUGAUUGCUGCAGCCAGCAGCAGGAAUCUCAGUCCACGGAGAAGGCUCCUCUGUUGCAGAAUUGCAGAAGGAAUGCACAAGUUUAAGCUGCUGGCAUCAUUUAGCAAACACAAAAAUGAAGGAUUCAUGAAUUGAGCUUGGCCAGUGAUCCAUGUGGAAAUGUUAAUAGAACUCGAAUUAGUUCUGGUGAGAUGGGAAUGGUAGGCCUAAAAUCUUAGUCCAUGGAAGGCAUGCUGAAAGGAAUCACUGUACUCCCAAUUUCAACAGCAUCUUUCAUGACUGCCUUGGUUAGUGUAAAUAUAGGAGUCUUAGUAAAUAGUAACUGCUUAUUUGUACUAUUAGAUGGUGCAUCUCAUGAUCCACGGCCAUAGAAUGAAUCGUGACUAAGAAAUUCAUAAUUCAUGUUGGAUGUACUUGUAUGGUUUGGAGUUUCUUAGUGACCACUCCGUAAUUUAUACUUUUAAACCAUAUGUGUUGGAAAUUUGGUUGAGUCGAACUAACCCGAUCAAAUCGGUUUUGGGUUGGGCCGACCAACUCGUUUGGGAUCGAACUGACCGAAUCGAUAUUCUAAUUCCAUGAAGUGACAUAUCCCUUUGGCCUAGUGGCGGUUGCAUUUUUUAUGAAUAAUGACGAAACUUAUGGAUAAAGACAACCUUUCGUAUGGAUAAAGAUAACCAUUCAUAUGGAUAAGGACAAUCUUUCGUAUGAAUAAAGACAACCUUUCAUAUGGACUAGCAUAAGCUCGCUCGCUAUCACUUCGCGUGUGAGUGAGAACGUGAUUUUUUAAAGAUAAUAGUUUAAAUUUGACCCAAAAGUAAAUGGCUUAUCAUCUACAACUCCAUGUAGUUGACGCAACGAUGAACUUUAAUAAGGGAGAAGCAUUGUCAAGCAAAUAACUUCUAUGUUUAUUCUUCUCUAAUUACAUUGUUGAUUAGUUUGUAUUAUUUUUGCUUUGUUUCUUUUUAAGUUCAUCUUAACUUCUAUGUUUAUUCUUCUCUAAUUACAUUGUUGAUUAGUUUGUAUUAUUUUUGCUUUGUUUCUUUUUAAGUUCAUCUUAAUUCUCCUUUUUAUGGAUUUUUGAGACUGAUUGCAGGUUUGAGAAAGUUCAACUCACUUUAGACGAAUCGAAUUAGGUUGAAUAUAUAUGAAUUUGGGAUCAAUUUCAUUCUCAAUGAAUUGGCUUAUUCGAAAAAAGUCAUGUUCUUAGUAAAAGACCAAAAAGAAAAAGAGAAAUCACCGCGAAAACAUAGGAAAAAAAACUAGUAAUUAAAUAUGAAUUCGUAAGGAGAUGGUAUACUUAACCUUCAGUAUUAGUCCCUUCCAGCCUUGCCAAUCAUCUCUUACUGCGGAACCACGUAGCUCGAGAACGGUCAAUUCCUCCAUGCUGAAACUGGCCGGGAUGGAACUGCAAUGGCGCAGUCAAAUUGACACUGCCACUUUUCAUACGCAUUGCACUGUCAUGGCCUCAGGGUUGUUGUUUCUUCAAAUACACAUGAACAGGUAUGUGAACAGGUUUGAGGGAGGUUCUUUGCACCACUUUGACACUAAAAUGUAGUAGUAACCUACAAAAGCUAGUUAACACUAGCUUAGUUUUAGCUCUGGUGUAGCUUUUGUAGAAACAGCUUCUGGCUGGAGUUUUUAUAUAAGUACUUAAAAAAAAAACAGUUGAGUGUUUGGUUGUAAAACUAUUAGAAGUGCUUUUUAAUAUGAGAGGUUGUGUAAAAUGACUAUAAAUGACUUAUAAUAAAAAAUAUGAAUAAAAAUUCUGAACAGUAAAAAGUAGUCAAAAUGGAUCUUGUUAGAUUUCUUUUAUAUUAAAUAAUAUGAUUUUAUAAUCUAUUUUAUUUUUAAAAUGAUAUAAAUGAGGGAAAAUUAUAUUUUAUGAAAUAAAAUUAAAAUAUGGUA